ACCUAGAUACUACACUCACAUCAAAAACAUAUAUAUUAACCUAAUUCUCUCUCUCACUCUUCCCUUCAACUCCACGGCGCAGAUCCGAGGAGUUUGGGAAACCCUAAUCACUUCUUCUUCUUCCACCACUCUCUCUCUUUGCGUCUCUCUCUCUUUCUUCCUCUACCAACAGUAUGGCAGGUUUGGCUCCGGAAGGUUCACAAUUUGAUGCUAAGCAGUAUGACACUAAGAUGAAUGAAUUGCUUUCCACUGAUGGACAAGAACUCAUCACCACUUAUGAUGAGGUCUAUGAUACUUUUGAUGCUAUGGGAUUGCAAGAAAAUCUUCUGAGAGGCAUAUAUGCUUAUGGUUUUGAGAAGCCUUCUGCAAUCCAGCAAAGGGGAAUUGUUCCUUUCUGCAAAGGUCUAGAUGUGAUUCAGCAGGCUCAGUCUGGAACUGGAAAGACUGCAACCUUUUGUUCUGGAAUUUUGCAGCAGCUCGAUUAUGGAUUGGUUCAGUGCCAGGCUUUGGUUUUGGCACCAACAAGGGAACUUGCACAGCAAAUUGAGAAGGUUAUGAGAGCUCUUGGUGAUUACCUUGGUGUUAAAGUUCAUGCUUGUGUUGGUGGCACUAGCGUUCGCGAGGAUCAGCGUAUUCUCCAAACUGGUGUCCACACUGUUGUUGGCACUCCUGGACGUGUGUUUGACAUGCUGCGAAGACAGUCUCUUCGGUCCGAUAGCAUAAAAAUGUUUGUUUUGGAUGAGGCUGAUGAGAUGCUUUCACGUGGUUUCAAGGACCAGAUCUAUGAUAUCUUCCAGCUGCUGCCACCUAAAAUUCAGGUUGGAGUGUUCUCUGCAACAAUGCCACCAGAAGCCUUGGAGAUCACAAGGAAGUUCAUGAAUAAGCCAGUGAGAAUUCUGGUAAAGCGUGAUGAAUUGACCCUUGAGGGUAUCAAGCAGUUUUAUGUGAAUGUUGACAAGGAAGAAUGGAAACUAGAGACAUUAUGUGACCUUUAUGAGACUCUGGCUAUCACUCAGAGUGUCAUUUUUGUGAACACAAGGCGCAAGGUGGACUGGCUCACUGACAAAAUGCGAGGCAGGGACCAUACAGUCUCAGCCACCCAUGGAGACAUGGACCAAAACACUCGUGAUAUCAUCAUGCGUGAAUUCCGCUCUGGUUCUUCCAGAGUUCUCAUUACCACCGACCUUUUGGCUCGUGGUAUUGAUGUUCAGCAAGUGUCUUUGGUGAUAAACUAUGAUCUUCCUACCCAACCUGAAAACUAUCUCCAUCGCAUUGGGCGAAGUGGGCGUUUCGGAAGAAAAGGUGUUGCUAUAAACUUUGUCACUGUGGAUGAUGCAAGAAUGCUGUCUGAUAUUCAGAAGUUCUAUAAUGUCACCGUAGAGGAAUUGCCUUCAAAUGUCGCCGAUCUUCUCUGAUGAGUUAAUUUUUGUUCUUUGUUAAGUCAUCAGUUUUUUUUUUUUAGUUUUUGACAAAUGCAAUUUUCUGUUUUUUUUUCUUUACCAUUUUUACCCAUUAGAGAUCAAAGACAUCUGACUCUAUUUAUAAUGGAUUUAUGAAUUUUGUUUUAUUGCUUAAUUAAUUAAAAGGAUGGUCUAGACUUUUUCA